AUGUUAUCCUCUUUCUUGUUCAUCUCCCUCUCUCUCGUCCUGGGCCAGGUCAGCGCCGGUAUAUGGCCGGCGCCGAAAAAGCUCUCUACUGGCAAAAACGUUUUGUUCAUAAGCCAAACACUGGAAAUUACAUACAAUGGGGGAUCUGUACGCUGGCUUCCUUCUUCCAAUUCCUCCCCCAAUGAUGAGACGCAGCAUACUGAGAAUUUCUUCAACGCGCAGCUACCUUACACUUACGGUUACAGCCCGGCCUCAGGAUCGACCUUCAACAGCAGAGACAUUGUGCAAGGCGGCGUGUCACGCGCCCUGGGUGCCAUUUUCCAGCAGAACUUUGUCCCGUGGAAGUUUCAUGAAAAGAACAGCGACUUUGAGCCAGACGUCUAUGCGACGGACAAGAAAUCGGUCAAGUCAUUGCAGAUUACCCAGACCAGCGAGGACAAGCCUAGCACAUUCAAGCCAGCAGCCGGCGAGGUAGACGAGUCGUACGCGCUGAACAUAACCGAAGACGGCUCAGCCACACUAGUGGCCACGUCUUCUACCGGUGUCCUGAGAGGACUCGAGACGUUUGUUCAACUCUUCUACCAGCACACGUCAGGAACUUCCUGGUACACCCCAUUGGCACCCGUGACGAUUGAAGACGCGCCAGAAUAUUCCCACCGUGGAAUCCUCAUGGAUGUGGCGCGAAACUUCUUCCCCGUCGAGGACGUUCUGAGGGUCAUAGACGCCAUGUCUUGGAAUAAGCUCAACCGGAUCCACAUUCACAUUACGGACUCGCAGUCAUGGCCACUCGACAUUCCUGCGAUGCCGGAUCUGUCUGCAAAGGGCGCCUACCGAAAGGGACUGUCCUAUACGCCGGAGGACCUGGCAAAGAUCCAAGAAUAUGCCGUCCACCGUGGAAUCGAGCCCAUCAUCGAGAUCGACAUGCCAGGCCACAUCGGCUCCGUCUCUUUCGCCUACCCGGAGCUCAUCGUGGCCUACAAUGAGAAGCCAUACUACUGGUGGUGCGUGGAGCCACCUUGCGGUGCCUUCAAGAUGAAUGAUACCAGGGUCGAUGAGUUCCUGGACAAGCUUUUUGAUGACCUUCUGCCAAGAGUCAACCCCUACUCGGCAUACUUCCACACUGGUGGCGAUGAGCUGAACAAGAACGACUCGAUGCUGGACGAGGGAAUCCGAUCCAACUCGAGCGAGGUCUUGCAACCCCUCCUGCAAAAGUUUAUGGACAAGAACCAUGCCCGGAUCCGCAAGCAUGGGCUCGCGCCGUUCGUCUGGGAGGAGAUGCCGCUCGAGUGGAACAUCACUCUCGGAGACGACGUCGUGAUUCAGUCAUGGCUAGGAGGCGACUCUGUCAAGACUCUGACAAGCAGGGGCCAUAAAGUGAUCGACAGCAACUACAACUACUGGUACGCCGACUGCGGCCGAGGACACUGGAUGAACUUCGACAACGGGUUGGCUUUCGAAAGCUUCUUCCCAUUUAACGACUGGUGCUCGCCGGCGAAGGGAUGGCGACUCAUGUACGCGCAUGACCCGAGAGCAAACCUCACCGACGAGGAAGCCAAGCUCGUCCUCGGAGGGGAGGUGGCCGCAUGGAGUGAAUCGAUUGAUCCCGUCAGCAUCGACGGGAUCUUGUGGCCGAGAGCUAGUGCGGCCGGCGAGGUGUUGUGGUCGGGUCGGCAGGAUGCUUCGGGGCAGAACAGAAGCCAGUACGACGCGGCGCCGAGACUGGCCGAGUUCAGGGAGAGGAUGGUCGCGCGGGGCGUGCGAUCGGAGCCGGUGCAGAUGACCUUCUGCACGCAAGGGGACGCGACUGAGUGCGGCUACCCCAUGUGA